AUGACAGAUGACUCGUAUUUUGUGAACCGGAAGUACAAAAUUCAGCAAAAGACACGACAUGGUUUUUCAUUGGUGAAUUCAUGUCACGUGCAACUUACUUUUAUUUUCGUAAAUCCUCUGGAAUCUUCUGAAGAUCAAUUGAUUCCGAAUAUUUCUGAUGCGAAGAACCGCGAAAUGGAUGAUGACUUGCUACCUCUUUUAGGCAUUGGCAUUGUUGAACCAGAUGGGGAAGAGGAUGAUUCCUCAAGUGGUAGCGAGGAAAGUGAGAGUUCUGAAGAGGAAACUGACAGCAGUCAACUGAUAAGACAAGAGUCCAUUACAUUUGAUCAGUCACUACCCAUUUCUCACUCAUACCUGGGGGAUGAUUUGGAGGAUGUGCGAGGCCGUACGUUUUACGAGGAGGGGUCCACGAUUUCUAUCCCUGUCAUUCAACUCCCAGGGAUGGUGCUGGUCCCCGAUCAAACCAUUCCUCUACACCUGUUCCACCAGCACACAGUAGCCAUGCUGAAAGGAGUGAUGGAUAAAGACAACACAUUCGGCAUUGUAGCUUACAGGUUCUCUGAAGAUGAUGGUGGCCAUAUUAUUGCAAACAUUGGAACCACAGCAGAAAUAUUCUCUGUCAAAGACGAGACUGAUGAUAGAACCGGACUAGCUUCCAUCAGAGUAAAGGCCAAAGGUCGUCAGAGGUUCAAGGUCAUGGAGUCCAGAAGAACAGCAACUGGGAUUUUGAUGUGCACAGUGAAGAUCCUGGAGGAGAGAGUUCUGGGGGACAUAUUGAGCGACGCUCGGCCCAGCUCCCAUUGUAAGUUUUGUUGUGAGCCUCUGGACCAGGGUACAUCUACAAAGACCGCUGUAGACAGACAGGGAAACAUACUGUCCAGUGUAACCAUGUUCAAUACUCCACAGGUGAACCGUUUUUCUGCAGCAUACUUGACGUGGUGGCCUCCGUGGGUAUACAAGAUGUAUGAUCCUGAAUUGGUGGUCAAAAAUGUGAAGAGGGAGUUGUUUAAGUGGAACACGUCUUACACGCCUGAGAAGUUACCUAGUCACCCUGUGGAGUUAUCCUACUGGUUAAUACAAAACCUUCCGCUCGAUGACAACCUCCGACUCAAUCUGCUGGGAAUAGACAGCGCGAUACAAAGACUGAGGUGUUCACUGAGUAUCGUACAAAAGUGUUCAACCCUGUGUUGUAAAGAGUGUAACACAAACAUAGCCAACAAGAAUGAUGUCUUCUGUCUCUCUGUUGAGGGGCCCCUGGGGGCGUACGUGAACCCCCAGGGGUAUGUCCAUGAGACCAUGACCGUCUACAAGGCCCAGAAUCUGAAUCUCAUUGGAAGAGCCACAAAAGAACAUAGCUGGUUCCCAGGCUAUGCUUGGACUAUAGCCCAGUGCAGGAGGUGUGCUUUUCACAUUGGCUGGAAAUUUACAGCAACACGUAAAGAGCUAACUCCUCAGAAAUUUUUUGGCCUGACUAGAGCAUCUGUUAUACCAGGUCUGCACCAAACAGAGGAGAAUGAGGGAUGGGUACCAGUCAUGUGAUGUCACUUCCUGUUCCUGGUCUGUGAUUAUUUCAGCAAUAUUUCCAUUAAUACUGAAUUCCAUUUUAUUGUGCCAAGUUCUCAUUGCAUGUGAUAAAUUUUAUUUAAAUGUACAAAAAUAGUACGAGUGAGUGGAUGUUUUAAUCAUGUUAAAUUUAAGUGAGUUUGUGUAUGGAUUUGUAUUUAAGAUUAUGCAAAUUUUCCAAAGUACCUAAUUUUGGAAAAAAAUCUUGCAUCAACCACUAAGAAUGAUGUAAUUCUUAAACAUCAGACAUGUAUUAAUUUUCAUGAAGUGAAAGCAAGCAACUUGUCAACAUCAACAAAGCUAUUAAAUCAUACAUGUACACUUGUAUAAGGAUUAUAUUGUUCUCCGAAAGUUGACAAUUGUCGGCUUUCGAACUUUUAUUUUUACAUUCAUGUCUUGUGCCAAGUGCUUGCUUUUUGUCUUUCAAAAAUCAAGUAUAAUAUUAUUUAUAGGUAGACUAUUAAGAAAAGUCACAUUAUAUGCAUAAGUACUCAACUAUAACUUUAGGUCACUAAAAAGCAAAAUUGUGCAUAUUUUCUUGAAAUUAUAAACAUUUGCUGAGAAAUUUGAAAGAUAAUUUCUCAGAAUAUUGAGAUUUUGAACUCACAUUUUUUUUUUGCUAAACCUUUUCUUUUUGAUUUUCUUCUUUAUGCUAUAUUUCAUGUCUUGAAUUCCGAGUUACAGUUGAGUAUACACAUGACAUGUUAUCUUAGAAGAUUUGACGAUUCAUUCUGUCAUCUGAGCAGUCUGAAUCUUCAAAUUUAUUUUGCUUAAAUUAUAACUUUAAACAUACAUAUGUUUAUAUACUGUAUACAGGGAAAUGUUUGUCCCUGUUUUAUUUUCGCCCUUUUUGCCCAUUUCAAGGUUUUGAGAAUUUAAAAAUGGAAUGAAUUCAAUGAACACAGCAUAAAAUCUUAAACUGAACUUUGACAGGGUGAAUUUAAAAUGGGGAAAUUUGUUCUCUAGUGGAAAAGGGCAAAUCUAACACAUGGCAAUAUAACUUUGUAUACAGUAUAUAUUAAAAAAUGGGUACACUGUGUAUGUAUGUGGGUGACCAUUGAAAGUUUAAAAUUUUCAAUGCCAAUUUCUCCCGAAAAGUUUCGAUCAUCACACUAAGGACAAGCAUCAAGAACCAUGUGUAUAUAAAACAUAAUGUAUAUAUAUAUUCUUUUAAAGAAUGGGCUAUUUUAAAACAGAAAUGCCUGCAUAUGGGUAUGAUGCCAUUGAAAUUGUAAAAAAAAAAAAAAUUCAGUGGCAUUCUCCUCAAAUUACCUUCACCACAUUCAGUAUGCUAGAACUUUGAACUGAGAACAUGUUUAUUUGAGGAAUAAUUUACUGUAGGCAUAUUUUCAAGUUUUUGAUUGCAUAAAAGUUUUCUUGUAAAUAUUUCAUCUUCAUCAUGAAUUUGUAAAACACCAAUAUUCAUCAACCAUCAUUUAAACCCAGUUAUUUAAAAGUGAGAAUUCAUUUGAACUCAUGUAAACUGAUUUAUAAUUACUGUAAUUAAACAGUACAAUUGAAAAUAUCACAAAAUAAAUAAUAAAAAUAAAAUUAUAACAUUGCACUGUUCUAAGUUGUAGAAAGAGAGAAAUUUUUUAUAAAAAAAAUCCCUAAUAUAUAGGAAGAAAAACUGGAAAGGAUACACUGUUAAUAAAAAAAAGUAAGCAUAAAAGUAUAUAUAUGUACAGGAUUAGGUUGUAAUCUGCGACCUGUGCAAGCUAUUUCACUGUGAUUUCUGACAUUUAUUUUCAGUGAUCAGUCCCGUUUGGUAGUAUAUUCCCAUGUGGUUUACACUGUAAUCCUACCUAUUGUGACACAAAAUGUGUUUCCCAGUCAGAUUAGACAUAUUUAGCUGUUGUAUAGGUGGAUUACAUCUUAGAAUGUUGAAAAAAUAUCUUGGGUAAAGAGCUAUUCCAUCAGCUCCGUUCGUCAUGUCUAAAAUAUGCCCUGGUUUGUUUGGCUUUGUCCUCGGUAUGUGAUCUGGUAAUUCACAGAUCAGAAUGAAUGCAUUUGCAAUGAAAACCUUUAAAAGAA